GGGGAUGGGGGGGAACAGCGGCCGUGGCGAGACCGGGCAGGCUGCGACGACGGGGAGGUUCCGUUCAGCAGCGAGCGGCUCAGGCGAAAGCAGCCGGAGCAGGGGACGGUGAGCAGGAUGGAGGAGGAGGAGGAGGAGCGGCUGGAGGGGGAGCAUUUCCGGAGAAUUAUCAACGCCUUCCGAUAUUACGGAACUAAUAUGCAUGAGCAAGUGAACAGAACAGAGAGACAGUUUAGAUCCCUCCCAGUUAACCAACAAAACCUACUUCCUCAAUUUCUUCUUCAUCUGGACAAGAUUCGGAAAUGCAUUGAUCAUAAUCAAGAGAUCCUACAGACCAUUGUGAAUGAGUGCAAACAUAUGUUUGAAAAUAAAGAAUAUGGAGAAGAUGAAAAUGGGAAGAUUGUGCCAGCGUCAACGUUUGACAUGGAUAAAUUAAAGUCCACUUUGAAACAGUUUGUAAGAGACUGGAGUGAAACGGGGAAACCUGAGAGAGAUUCCUGCUACCAGCCAAUCAUUAAUGAAAUUGUAAAGAACUUUCCAAAAGAGAGAUGGGAUCUCUCCAAAGUUAAUAUCCUGGUACCUGGUGCUGGGCUAGGUAGAUUGGCCUGGGAAAUAGCUAUGCUCGGUUAUGCUUGCCAAGGAAAUGAAUGGAGCCUCUUUAUGCUCUUUUCUUCUAAUUUUGUACUCAACAGAUCUCACUGCAGAAGCUCUAAAUUCAGAGUCUGUUCCAGCAGGACUAUAAAAGCUUCACAUAUGAAAUGCUCAGAAAUUAACUCUCAUAAACUUUAUCCCUGGAUUCAUCAGUUUAGCAAUAACAGGAGAUCUGCUGAUCAGAUACGACCAGUUUAUUUCCCUGAUGUUGACCCCCACAGUCUUCCUUCUGGUGCAAACUUUUCUAUGACAGCAGGGGAUUUUCAAGAAAUUUACUCAGAGUGCAAUAUGUGGGACUGCAUAGCAACCUGCUUCUUCAUAGACACAGCGCAUAAUGUCAUUGAUUACAUUGAUACAAUAUGGAAAAUUCUCAAACCAGGAGGAAUAUGGAUAAAUUUAGGUCCUCUCCUUUACCACUUUGAGAACUUGGCAAAUGAACUUUCUAUAGAAUUGAGUUAUGAGGAUAUAAAAAAUGUUAUAUUACAGUAUGGAUUCCAUCUAGAGGUACGGAUAGAUUGUGGAGAAAGAAUCUGUAUUAUCAACAUACACUGUGAAUGAACUAUCCAUGAUGAAAUACUACUAUGAAUGUGUGUUGUUUGUGGUUAGGAAACCAGAGUUGAAGUGUUUCAAAUAGAUUCUUCAGAAAAAGUGCUGGAGAUAAUGCUAAAAUUUACAACACACAAUGGACUAGGUAAUGACUGGAUACAACCUCAAAUCAGUGGUGCCUUGUUUAUUCUUAACAGGAAUUUGAGAGUGUCUAUUUUCUUAAUACCUGUAUUGCUAUCCAGAUAUAUACUGUGCCAUGCAUAUUUGUACUGUACUAGUGAAAAUGGAAGAAAAUGUACAGAUACACUGCCGUCAUUCAUCAGAAUCCAUAAAAACAUCCCAUUUUCAUAAGUCUAAAACUCCUGGUUUUAUGUCUGCCAUGAGGUUGUCUUGAUAAGGCUGGUUUAAUCAUUACUAAACAAUACUGAAAUCCAAAAUAAUUUCCCUUUUAUCUGCAGCUGUCUGUAACAUGCACAAUCUACAGCUCUCAGGACCUUUUGGAAACGAUGUACAAUUCUGUGUUUGAUAUCAGUACUGGGAAUAUUAUUUCCACUUUUGAUCUGAGGCUUAAAACAAAAAUGUUUGUAUUCUGCCUCAGUUUUUAAACAAAAUUCUAAUUGUUUUCAUUUUUCCUUGUGGCUUUAUGAAUGUUUAGAGGUAUGAUACAAGCUGGGCCACAGUUUAGAGAAGGAUUUCUUAUCAAUUUAAAAAUAGAAAAUUUACAAAAUCUGAAAUUAUUGAACAGUGCUAAAAUGUUUCUUGAAAGCUGCAUUCAUUGUGACUUAGCGCUCCCGGGACCAUUUUCUGUAGGACUGAAAAUAGAAACAAAAGAUAUAAUUUAAGAGCUUCUAAAAUAUUUUAAUUUUCUGGCCAUGCUAAGCUUAGCAAUCUAUUCUAAUAGUUUGUUGGCUUUGGUAAUUUGAAUAUUGGUAUAUGAAAUCAUAGUACGGAGUGAAGCAAAGCAUCAUGUCACAAAGGAGCGGGAGUAAAUUAACCUUGAAAUGGAAAUAAGACUUGGUCUGGUAAUGCAGGAGCUGCACUCUCACUUUGCCCAUUUGAAGUUUAUCAGUGUAACUUAUCUGUUGCUUAAAUAAAGUGUUUGAAGCAUUUAUUUUAAGGAUUACUAGACAAUAGAAAAAUCCUGCAACUUUCUUUUCUUUUUAGAAAGCAGUUUACACAGUUGGGACAACUGUGCCCAGAGUGUACAGCUGUGCUGUAAUAAUGGGGAGUCAUUAAAUUUAAAAUUAAGCAAAUCCUAUGUGAAGCGCCUUUGCCUUGCGCAGGAGCUUCCCCUGACCUGUGUCUUUGCAGAGCUCGUCCCUUACCCCCUCCUCACACCUGCUGGUGGAAGCAGCUCUGUCCCUUCCCAUGAUGGAAAGGCAGCUACUGCCUCAAGGUUGCUGCUGCCCAUUGACAUAAACCAGCCACCUCCUGUUGCCCAGCUCCAGCACAGACAGGAAGGAGUUAAGGGUGCGUUGUGCACUAGCCCAGGGAACCUGCAGAGGUGUUGGGAUCUGGCACAGAGGAGGAGGAGAAGACACCAAACCCUAGCCUACCAAGAGUAAGGGUGAGGGAUCCUGGCUCCUUCCCUUCCCUGCAGAUGGCACCGUCUGCCCUUUUGCACAGACAGCAGCAGCAGCCAGCUAGGGCAGCCUCAUGUAUGUGCCCUUGGCUGAGCGUAGGGGCUCAGCCCGCUCCAGACAGUGUAAGCUACCUGCUGAAGAUGGGGGACAGAUGGAGGGGCACUGCCCAAGGACCGAAGGUCAUUCAAAGCUACCCCCAGGCUGGCAGAAAUCUGGAGGUCUCAGUUCAGCAUGGAUAGGCUCUGAAGCUGGCUCACAGGGCAUGUCUAGAGCAGCAAUCAGCUUGCUGUGCUCCAGCAGUGUCUCAAAGUGCUUUACAAGCUGCAUUGCACUGCUAGGAGUGAGGUGGGGAUCCCUCAUUAUACAGAGGGGGAGGACUUGCAUUUAACCUCAUGCAGCUGUGCAGGCAUGUGUGCACGCGCAGGGGUGCACCUGCAGCCCUGAAAACUGGGCCCAGCUGCCUUGUCCCAGCUCUCAAAGUCCAUCACAGAGCCAGGAAUAGAGUCCAGGGAGCUGGGAUCUUGUGGCCAAAGGCCGGGCUGGGAGUGUAUGGCCAAAGGUGGGGCUGGACAGAGGGCAGGGAGCUGGCUUUGAGCUGGGAGGUGCUGUGCAUUGCACUGAAGAAGGCUCAACGAGUGCCUAUUAGACCAUAUGGCACGCCCUCCCACCCGCACAUGUUGCCUCUGCUGCCAGGGUUUGUUACAGAACCAUUAAAUUUGCCUCUGCAGCGACCCUCGUAUUUCUGACCUUCUGGUGUGAACCCUGGUAGAAAUCUUGGGGGGACAUGUGACCCCGUGUGCCUGCCCACCAGUCCCUCUGACUGUUAGCAACAACUUCUGUAUUUGUUUCAGCAUACCUGGGUUAAUUGUUGGAUACUUGGUUGGACCUUUAAGGCAAUUUACCCUUGGUACUUUAAAUCUACCUCUAAUAUUAUGUUUCCUUGUUCUAAGUAAAUUACCUACUAAAUAAAUUAGAUGGAUAUUAAUCCACAGAUUGUAAUUUCAUACAAUCGUUUUGUAUUUUGAAGUUAUAUAAAUAUUUUCUAUGAGAAUAAUUAUUAAAUGGCUUGUGUUUAGAGGAAGGAUCAAAAUGGUGUUCUCCUUACAUUAAUCUAAUGGUUAAUUUAGCUAUACUAUCAUCCCCUUUGAAAAUCCUUUUAAAAGUAAAAAAAAGGUAUGGUAGGGAAUCAAGCCUUUUCCAGGGAUAAUAGAUUUUAAAAUUUAUGGUAUUUUAAACUUACUCUCACUCAUCUAGCUGUGGUCCCUUUUUCUUGGGUCAUUUUUUGCUUUCUGUUUUUAAGGCAGAUAUUUCACGCUUCCAAUUUUGCUUUAAUUGAAAGUACAAUUUUAAAGUUCACAUGGGCAAAAAAGCAUUUACUAUUUUAAAUGCUGUCUAGGACUGUAUAAUACUUGCACAUUUUUAAAAACUGUUCUGCUCAGAUCCCUAGCCAGAAAAAAUAUUGGACUUACAGCAGUUUCAGUAAAGGUUUACUUGCAGGUAGUCUGAACUUUCUAAAAGGAACCAGAUUUUUGCUUUUUUAAUAAAAAUAAAUUAGUCCAACUUUAAGUAAAGCCUGUUGAAAGUUUAGAUGCUGCCAUUAAGGGAAAUAAAAAUAAAUAAACCUGUUGCCUUAAGAAGGCAACUUAUGGUCUUC